AUGUAUGAAGGGAAACAUAUACACUUCUCUGAGGUUGACAAUAAGCCCUUGUGCUCAUAUAGCCCCAAACUGUGCAAGCAGCGGCGACUCAACGGCUACGCUUUCUGUAUCAGACACGUUCUGGAGGACAAGACUGCCCCCUUCAAGCAAUGUGAAUAUGUGGCCAAAUAUAACAGCCAACGCUGCACCAACCCAAUCCCCAAAUCAGAGGAUCGUAGGUACUGCAACAGCCACUUGCAGGUACUUGGCUUUAUCCCGAAAAAAGAGAGGAAGAAAAAGAAUGAUCCUAUAGAUGAGGUAAAGGUCAGGCACCAGAUGGAUACCAUGGCUUUCAGCCUGACGGUGCCCACGCUGGCCUUGAAGAUGCCCAAUGGACUGGAUGGAAUGUCCCUCUCUCCGCCCGGGGCUAGGGUCCCUCUCCACUACCUGGAAACCGAGUUGGAAGACCCGUUUGCUUUCAACGAGGAAGAUGAUGACCUAAAGAAAGGGGCAACUGUGAGAAAGAAGUUGCAGAGCAAGUUGGCCCAGAAUCGGCAGCGCCAGAGAGAGACCGAGAUUUUAAAAGUUCGACAAGAGCACUUUAGUCCCCCUCCUGCACCUUCACAGCAGCAGCCCCCGCAGCAGCACCCCCACCCGUCACCCUCCCCCACUUCUUUAAAACCUCCGGCGCCGCCGCCACCGCAGGGUUUCGUCUGCAAGUCCCCUCCACCUCCGAACACCAGCCUACCACUGCAGGGAGUGGCCCCCACCACACACACUAUAGCACAAGCAAGGCAGUCGUCUCACAAGAGGCCGCUGCCCCUCCUGCCCUCCGGCAGGGCGCCCGCCGCGGACCCGCCCAGCACUGAUCGGGUCCUUAUGAAAGCCACAGCCUUCUCUCCACACUUCUCCUGCAUCAGCCGACUGCAGAGACUGGUGAGACUGUGCACCCAGAAACAUCAGCUGGACACUGAUCUGUUCCCCCAUCUAGGUGAGUUCUCUCUUGUGCCAGAUCGUGCCCGCGUGACGGGAACAAAAUGUGCCCUUUCCCGCGAGGCCGCGUGCCCACGGCCGACCCCCGUGCGAUGGGGGUGGAGGGCACCGGGGCCGGGGUCCGCUGCGGGGCUCCGUGUUUACGCAGGCCUUGAUAAAGGAAACCUCCCUGGUGGACAGGAUGCGGAAGCCGCAGUUGGGAAGUGUAGAAUCCCAUCACAGCUUCUGGUUAGUGGUCGUAGCGGCGGUGUUAAAAGGUGGUCAGAUGACGAUGAUACGGAGAGUAGGAGCUCCAGGGUGACCCAACUUUGCACUUACUUUCAGCAGAAAUAUAAGCACCUCUGCCGCCUGGAGCGGGCAGAAUCUCGUCAAAAGAAAUGCCGGCACACGUUUAGGAAAGCCUUGCUGCAGGCGGCCAGCAGAGAACCCGAGUGUACCGGUCAGUUAAUCCAGGAACUGCAGAGAGCUGCGUGCAGCCGAACCAGCAUAAGCCGGACCACGUUGAGGGAGGUGGAACCAGCGGCAUGCAGUGGAACCGUGAAGGGUGAACAGUGCCCUAACAAAGCCCUUCCAUUCACCAGACAUUGUUUCCAACAUAUCCUCUUGAACCGCUCUCAGCAGCUUUUCUCAAGUUGCACGGCCAAGUUUGCAGACGGACAGCAGUGCUCUGUGCCCGUGUUUGACAUUACACACCAGACCCCUCUGUGUGAAGAACAUGCCAAAAAAAUGGAUAAUUUCUUGAGAGGAGAUAGCUCCCGUAAAGUUCAGCACCAGCAGCAGAGGAAACCCAGGAAAAAAACCAAGCCUCCUGCACUUACCAAAAAACACAAGAAGAAGAGACGGCGUGGACCUCGUCGACCCCAAAAACCCAUUCCCCCUGCAGUCCCCCAAGGGAACCUCAGCAUGCCCACCAGCGUCUCACUGCCAGUGGAGACCGCUCAGAUCCGGAGCCCAUCCACGCCGGAGCUGAGUGCUGAUGAAUUGCCGGACGACAUUGCCAAUGAGAUCACUGACAUUCCACAUGACUUGGAAUUGAACCAGGAGGACUUUUCAGACGUCCUGCCACGGCUGCCUGAUGACUUACAAGAUUUUGAUUUUUUUGAAGGAAAGAACGGAGACCUUCUUCCAACUACCGAAGAGGCCGAGGAACUUGAGCGGGCCUUGCAGGCUGUCACUUCUCUUGAGUGCCUGAGUACCAUUGGGGUACUUACCCAGUCAGAUGGUGUGCCAGUCCAGGAGCUGUCAGAGAGAGGAAUAGGGGUGUUCUCCACAGGUACUGGAGCUUCAGGAAUUCAGUCCUUGAGCCGAGAAGUAAACACAGACCUAGGGGAGCUACUGAAUGGGCGCAUAGUACAUGAUAAUUUUUCUAGUCUAGAGCUGGAUGAGAACCUGCUCCGUUCUGCUACCUUGUCUAACCCACCUACACCCCUGGCAGGGCAGAUCCAAGGGCAGUUCUCUGCCCCAGCCAACGUCGGCCUUACUUCUGCCACUCUGAUCAGCCAGAGUGCACUUGGGGAGAGAGCCUUCCCAGGACAGUUUCAUGGACUACAUGAUGGCAGCCAUGCCUCCCAGAGGCCACAUCCUGCCCAGCUGCUGAGCAAGGCAGAUGACCUAAUCACCUCACGACAGCAAUACAGCAGUGAUCAUUCACACUCCUCGCCCCAUGGAAGCCAUUAUGAUAGUGAGCACGUGCCGUCUCCCUACAGUGACCAUAUCACCUCUCCCCACACAACAUCUUACUCUGGUGAUAAUAUGGCAGCUACCUUUUCAGCAGAGAUGCCCAUCAUGGCGCAGCACUUGCUCCCAACCCAACUCGAGGUGCCACUUGGAGGAGUCGUGAACCCCAGAACUCACUGGGGCAAUCUCCCUGUCAACCUUGGAGAUCCCUCUCCAUUUAGCAACCUUCUUGGCGCAGAUGGACAUCUUCUUUCCACUUCCCUAUCCACGCCACCCACCACUUCGAACUCAGAGACCACACAGCCUGCCUUCGCCACCGUGACCCCCAGCAGCUCCAGCGUGCUUCCGGGGUUACCGCAGACCAGCUUCAGUGGCAUGGGGCCUUCUGCUGAACUCAUGGCCUCCACCUCUCCCAAGCAGCAACUCCCUCAGUUCAGCGCAGCCUUCGGCCACCAGCUGAGUUCUCACAGUGGCAUUCCUAAGGACCUGCAGCCCAGCCACAGCUCUAUAGCCCCUCCUACAGGCUUCACGGUAACAGGUGCCACAGCUACAAGUACCAAUAAUGCAUCUUCUCCCUUUACCUCCCCUAACUGA